AUGUCGUCACCAGUUUCCACAUUCAUGUACAGAUUGAGAAUGCUCUAUGAGAAAACAAAAAUACUAAUUUCUCCUAAAACUGUGUUAGACAUUGUGUUUAGCCGGCAGUAUAGAUCAAAACACAGAACAACCUCAACAAUCAGCACCAUGUGUGGCUACUACGGAAACUACUAUGGAGGCAGAGGCUAUGGCUGCUGUGGCUAUGGAGGCCUGGGCUAUGGCUAUGGAGGCCUGGGCUAUGGCUGCUGUGGCUAUGGAGGCCUGGGCUAUGGCUUUGGAGGCCUGGGCUAUGGCUAUGGAGGUCUGGGCUGUGGAUAUGGCUCCUACAGUGGCUGUGGCUACCGUGGACUGGGCUGUGGCUAUGGCUGUGGCUAUGGUUAUGGCUCACGCUCUCUCUGUGGCUGUGGCUAUGGAUGUGGCUCUGGCUAUGGAUCUGGAUUUGGUGGCUACUACUGA